ACAACCGCCCAUGCCGCCGCCGCCGCCGCCAUAUCCAUACUCUUCAAACCAAUACUCUCCUCACAACCACUUCAACGACUACUACUUAAACCCAUCUUUCCGAGCGAGCAGAAGCAUCUCUCCAAACCCUAACCUCCCCACCGCAACCACUGUUAAUUACAUGGCCGAUAGUCCUGUGGAACCGAGCUGCUACACUUGUGUAGGUGCACCCGUUGGUCCGACCGGUUUCCCUAGCCGUGACUCCGCCAGCGUCCGUGCGCCGCUCGAACCGCCACAAGGUCGUGAUAGUGACGCUUCACGGCAGCGUUUGGAUCAGUCUCUUAGGUUCCCCAUCAAUCGGUUCCAAGAUCAUCACUCGCUCUGAAAUAUUAAAAUAGAUUCCCUCUGCUUUUCUUUUUCUUUAUCUUCUUUUGUUAUUUUGGGUAUUUUUCUUGUUCUCUUAAUUUGUUACUUUGUUGGGUCUAUGUAAAA